AUGAAAUCGCGAGAAAGGGAUGACGAAGAAGACGUGGAUGUGGGCAUGCAACGAGGACUAGGUCUGAACCUCAUGUACCAGCAGCCGCCUUUUGAGGACGGGGAUGGCGGCGGUGGUGGUGGCGAUGCAGGAGGUGGCGGUGGUGGCGCCGGAGCGGAUCGUGGGCGGUUCUCUAGUGGAGGAUCCACGGAUAGUUCCUGCUCUGGAAGACUGCCGGACCAGGGCCUCACUGUUCUGCAUCCUGGUUAUGAGCAAGAGUCAAUUCCGAUGGAUCGUCCUCAAACGGAAAUCCAGACCCACUACGUCCAGCUCUCAUCCAACACCCCAGUAGCCGUGGACUACCAUCAAACUCAACAGCACGAGCCGACUUGCCUCCAUUCCCCGGUGCACAACCACAACCAACACCCACACCACCAUCACAAUAAUCAUCAACACCAUCAGCACCACCUGCAUCUCCAGCUGCCCCAACAUCCCGAGGAUGACUGCACAGUGGACACCAAGCCAGACUACUCCAUGUUGCUGCAGGAUGAACAUCAACAAUUGCAACAUCAUCAGGAGCAUGAACCGGUGGACGCGAAGCGAGUCAAGAGGGAGCAAGCGAGGAAUUAUGUGAAGCAGAAGCGGCUGGAGAUUCAGCAGAAUGAUCCCGAAAAGUACGAGAGACUGAAGGAGAAGAACCGCAUGCGGAGACGGGAGAAGUUGAAGGAGAUCCGCGAGGAUCCCGAAAGAUACGAAGAGAUGAAGCGGAAGCAGCGAGAGCGAGUCAAGGAGCAGCGUGAGCGGAUCAAGCAGAACCCGGAAGCCUAUGAAGAGAUGAAACGGAAGCAGCGAGAACGGGAAAAGGCGCGUCGUCGCGAGAUCAUGUCGAAUCCCGCGGCGGCGGCCGCCUGGCGGGAACGCCACCGGAUCAUGGCCCGCGAACGCCGCCUCAAGCGCAAGUUGUAUUUCCAUGUCAACGAUAUGGUGCGACAGCAAUCCUCGGGCAUGUCGCCGGAGAUAAAGUUUGACCCCGAUCGUCCUCUCAAGCAAGAAGAAGAAGAAGAAUCGAGGACAAGUGAUCAGACACCAGGUGGUAGUUCGGCAAUAACACCCCAGCAGGCCCUGUCUGCACUAAUUGAAACCAGUGAGCCGAUCCAGGAGCACAUCAACAAGUAUUUUGCAGAGUUGAAGAGGGACAGGAAAGAUGUUGGUUUUGCUAAUGAGAAGCGCGGGGGUCGACGGAAAAGGACGGACUCGACGGGGGUCAACAUGGACGGACAUUGGAUGAGGCCCGGAAAAGUCCUGGGUCUGAAGAUGGAGGUUGACUGGGGUCCCAUGGGGGGAUCCAACAGUGAUUCACAGGGAUCCUCGGAUGAUUUCGGCAGCAGAGCAGCGAUGCUCAUGACAACGUCAGCUGGACACGAAGCAGAGUCUGGAGCAGUGCAGCACAAUAACACGGAACUGCUCUUCUCUGCCAUGUCACCGCCAGUGUCGCCGGGGAUGAAUCACUUGGGAGCCACUUCCAGUUCACUGAUGAACAUCGGCUCCAGGUAA